UACUGUGUCCACUUCUCUUCCCUCUCAGCUGCGACUUCCCCUCCUCUUGCCCACCACCGGGAGGAUCACUGCCGCGAAAGGCAGCCACCCGCGGAGUGUGGCCAUGGGGCAGGGCCUGAGCUGCGGAGAGAGGCGGGAGGGGCACCUGUUUAGAGCCGUCAAGAAUGGGGACCUGGACACGGUGGAGUCCAUGGUGAGGGACAACCCAGCAGUGCUGGAACAGGCCUGCGGAAGCGCCCGGUGGUCCGCCCUGCACGUCGCCGCCGCCGCUGGCCAGAUCGAAGUCCUAUCAAUGCUAUUGGAUAGAUUCAAUAACCUUAACCCAGACAUGUUGAAUCGCCAUAAGCGGACUCCGCUGAUGCUGGCCGCAAUGCAUGGCGAGAUCUCUUGCGUGGAAAGGCUCAUUGAAGCUGGGGCAAACAUUCUGAUGUUUGAUUCAGCUCAUGGUAGAACAUGUUUACACCAUGCUGCAUUCUAUGGCCAUUCGAAUUGCCUGCAAGCUAUUCUUUCCGCUGCACAUUCUUCACCAGUCGCAGAUUCCUGGGGAUUUGCAAGAUUUGUAAAUAUAAGAGAUGGAAAUGGUGCGACCCCAUUGCACUUAGCGGCCCGCCAAGGAAGGUCCGAGUGUGUUCAUGUUCUCUUAGACAGGGGUGCUUUAGUUUGCGCUUCAACUGGUGGAUAUGGCUACCCUGGGAGCACACCACUACAUUUAGCUGCUCGUGGGGGUUCAUUAGAUUGUGUCCGAGAGUUGCUUGCUUGGGGAGCAGAUAGACUUCAAAGAGAUUCGUCAGGAAGAAUACCUUACAUGGUUGCUCUGAAAUACAAGCACGAAUCUUGUGCUGCCUUAUUAAACCCUUCAGCAGCGGAGCCGCUCGUGUGGCCAUCGCCAUUGAAAUUUAUCAGUGAGCUUAACCCGGAGGCCAAAGCACUCCUGGAGAAUGCUUUAAUCGAAGCUAACAAGGAGAGAGAGAAGGCUAUUCUAAAGCAGACUACCAGCGAUGAUCCACCUUCGUCUCCCUUGCAUUCUGAUUCUGAAACAGAUGACAAUGCUUCAGAGGACGAUGAUGUUGAGCUGUGCUGCAUAUGUUUCGACCAACCAUGCACAAUUGAAGUGAGGCAAUGCGGCCAUCAAAUGUGCGCCCACUGCAUGCUUGCUCUCUGCUGCCACAAGAAGCCAAAUCCCGCAACAUCCUCAACAGCUGCUGCCCCUGCCUGCCCCUUCUGUAGAAGCAGCAUCACCCAAUUAGCCGUCGCAAAGUCGAAGUUCAGCGGCCACAAUGAUCCGGAAGUCGAAGUCAGCCCCUCAAGACCACGGAGAUCUAGAAAGUCCUUUAACCUCAGCGAAGGAAGCAGCAGCUUCAAAGGGUUAACAGCUAUAGGGUCAUUUGGUAAAAUAGGUGGGCGAAACUCGGGGAGGAUCGCGGCUGAGUGCAGUGAAGAAGACGACAAGCCAUAAAUAGUGCUUCUUCGUAUCUGCUCACAUUUGAGAAAUCUGGUUUCUAUUUGAGUUGAAUGCUCGGUAAUUCUUUCAGAGUCAUGGAAGUAAACUAAGUAGUCUGCUUCCGCUUCUCCUGGAAGAGAAGUCGGAGCGAAUGCUGCAAGGAGUUUAAAAGCAUGGAAGUUUCUUAUUUGCAUUGCAAUAUAAACUCUCUUACAGCAAUUCUUGGUUUAAGGGUCGACUUGAAUGUACUCAUGAAACUAAACAUAUUACAAUGGGGAUUGAAUCUGCCUAGAAACUGAGAGAUUCAAUUUCAGAGUCGUCCUGUGAAGAACUGACUGUAGGAACAAGAAUGGAGGAUCUCCAUUUUACUCAAACAA